AUGCCGGGCAAGUUCAAGUUCUCUUUGGCAAAGCCGGAGAAAUUCAACCAAGCCGCGUACUUGAGUGCCAUCCAUGAAACUCGCAAGCUGAAGCCGCCGCCUGACAUAUACGUGGCAUACGGCCCCGAGGAAAUGGGAGUGGCUAUGGUGAUCAAGGUGCAACACCGCCAGGAAUGGAACCUGGUGCUGCCAACGGACCCCAACAAGUAUGACCUUGAGUGUGGCUUCACGUACGGCAUCACGUCACGCCGGGGCAUUUGGGACUUUGUGCGGCCAGUGCUGCUGGGAGUGUGCCGCAGCAGUGUCGGCGCGUUUGAGCUGGCGUGGGAAGACGGUGAUUUGGAAGAUGUGGUGGAGGUGGGGCGCUUCGACCACGAACUGGGAGACAUUGUCGUACUGCACAAGGGCCUCCCAUCCGUGGACCAGCUCAAUCGCGCUGCCAUGCCACGGCCUGGGAGCGGUAGCUGGCACUCUCAACAGCAGUAGUAGUACAGGCUUAGUAGGGCAUCAUGACAUUACUAUUGUUUAAGAAGGACCUGCGGGGGUGAUGGGUGAUGUAUCAUCGCGGCGGCAGCACUGGCGGCGGGCUGGGGUAUUUUACCGCAGCAGCACUCAGUUGCAUGGGUGUGGCCGCGUGGCCUGGGGCGCAUGGAAGUUGUGGCAGCGGAUAUUAUUGCCACGCAAUUCAAACAGCGGUGUGCUCGCCUGCACGAGCAUAUAGGAACAAACACAAGUUCACUGGGUAUUGGGCGGCACGACUAGAGCCGUAGGUCAUGAUUUACGGAGUAUGGCACUGUGCCUUUGUUUUCGCCCCUCUCUUCUAUGGGCUGUGGUGGAUGAGAUGAGGUUGCGGCAGCGCCAUGAACUGCAGCAAGGCUGGCUCGGGGAUGGGACGAAUGCCACGUUUGGCUAUGUAAACUUGGAAGCUUAC